UGUUAUUGUGGCAGUGGCGGACGCCGUAGAACAAACAGGAAAUGCUUUAACAACUAACAUGACAGACGGGAAGUCUGGCAACUGACGUUCCGGCGCCGCAAACGCGGCGUCCAAUCGCAUUGAAGAAGAAAGGCGGAACUUCCUUUGCGUGACGUGAAAGUUUUACGGUCAAGGCUGGAAGCCCCACCUUUUGUGUUUCCCGCACCGUCAAUCAAAAUAGAAAAAAAUCGAGUUGAAUCGCCGAUCGCAGCCCGCCUUUGAUUAAAAUAAUCAUGUUUGGCGUUUAAAUAAACCAAAACCCGUCCGACCUUAAUCUUUCGCGUUAUGACUGGUACGUAACAUUUAAACUGAUCCAAGCAUACCGUCACCGCGCCCGAACAGCCUGUGAAGCAGGAGGAAAUGGCUGCCUUGGACGUGGACAGCAGUCAGAGCGACUACCUACAGCACGGCGGCGGCGGUGGAGGAGGAGGCGACCAGACUACAGACCUCACAUCCAUACAGUUAACAGGGACUUCAGAGAGAUGGGAGGUGAUGAGUACUUCGGCAUCUGUGAAGGAAGAACCGGGUGUCGUGCAUAUUCCGAACACGGGGAUUGUAACAUCAAACGGACAGUAUGUUCUUCCUCUGCAAGGCAUGCAGAGCCAGCCGAUUUUCGUAACAUCGGGAACGGACACAUCCACCAACGCAGUGCCUAACAUACAGUACCAGGUCAUUCCACAGAUCCAGACUGCAGAUGGACAACUGGGGUUUUCUAGCUCAUCCAUUGAGGGGGCCACCCUGGCCCAGGAUGCCACAGGGCAAAUCCAAAUCAUGCAAGAUGCAGGUCAGGGCCUUGGCACUGCCGGAACCUCUUCCGACAUUCUCACCAACAGCCAGAACCUCAUUUCACAGACUGGGAAUGUCCAGCAUAUCCAGGGAGUUUCAAUUAGUGGUUCUGCAUACAGCAGUCAGGGUCAGGUUGUCACAAGUGUGCCUGUUGGUUUGCCUGGGAAUAUAACCUUUGUUCCAAUAAACAGUGUGGAUUUGGACUCAUUGGGGCUGUCUGGAGCCCAAACAAUAGCAACAGGAGUCACUACUGAUGGCCAUCUGAUCAUGGCUGGACAGCCCAUGGAGAACUCGGAGAGCCUUGAGAAAACUGGAGAUCAGUCUCUUUCCGUAAACGAGUCAAACUCUAACCAGGAAAUGUUUGUGCCAACGACAUCCUCUUCUCAGCUCCCUGAGACGAUAGACGGCACGGGGGUGCUAACCCAAGCAACUGGAGUCUCGUCUACGGCCAGUGGCCAGGGGGACUCCUCUGGUCUCCAGGACAGCUAUGUGCACCAAAAUCAGGGCCAGAACAUCCAAGUGUCUUCAGCACAGCCCAUCAUUCAGCUGCAACCGGUUUCUGCGAACACCAGUGAGGCUCAGGUGGUCCAGGGCCUUGCACAGUCACAGGUGCAGGUUGCAGGGCAGAAUCUGCAGCUUAUCAAUCCAGGCACCUUCCUCAUCCAGGCCCAGACAGUCACGCCUUCAGGCCAGAUCCAGUGGCAGACCUUCCAGGUGCAAGGGGUCCAGAACCUGCAGAACCUCCAGCUGCCCACUGCCCCAGCACAGCACAUCACUUUGGCCCCUAUGUCGACCCUGUCUCUGGGCCAGGGUGGGACACUGGGUGCCAGCCCUGUCAGCAUCAACACAGGACAGAUCCCCAACCUGCAGACGGUGACAGUCAACUCGGUCACUCAAGCAGGCAUCCAGUUCCAGCAGUCAGAGGACACAGACAGCCCUGCAGAUAUCCACAUCAAAGAGGAGCCGGACUCGGAGGAGUGGCAUCUCAGUAGUGAAUCCACGCUCAACACCAGUGACUUGUCACACUUGCGUGUGAGGCUAGUGGAUGAGGAGGGUGACGCACAUAUCCAGGAGGGCAAGCGACUGCGGCGGGUAGCCUGCACCUGCCCCAACUGCAAGGAGGCUGGUGGCCGUGGCUCAAACAUCGGCAAGAAGAAGCAACACAUCUGUCACAUCCCAGGUUGUGGGAAGGUGUACGGCAAAACUUCGCACCUGCGAGCACAUCUGCGCUGGCAUUCAGGCGAGCGACCAUUUGUGUGUACCUGGAUGUUUUGUGGAAAGCGGUUCACGCGCAGCGAUGAGUUGCAGAGACACAGGAGGACCCAUACAGGAGAGAAAAAGUUUGUGUGUCCAGAGUGUUCGAAGCGGUUCAUGCGCAGCGACCACCUGGCCAAGCAUAUUAAGACCCAUCAGAAUAAAAAGGGCAUGAACUCGAAUGCUGCAGCUUCCUCGGACAGCAUCAUCACGGCAGCGGGCACCACCCUCAUCCUUGCCAACAUCCAGCAGGCCUCUGCCCAAGGCCUGGGGACUGUCAGCCCCACCAAUGCGCAGGAGCUCCUCUCUAGCCAAGAGAUCCCUUUACAGCUUGUCACUGUUUCUGCCAGUGAGGUGAUGGAAUAGCCCAUGACCAUCUCUUGGACUUGUAAACUGCUCCUGAUUUUUUUUUUUU